AUGGACAUCAUCCGCCAAAAAUACUCCCCGCUAAGAAUCAAGAUCCAUCAAUUCCAGUCGCUCAAAUAUAUACCAGGACGACGCAAGUUCUUCGUGGGCUACGACCUCCACGGCAACACCUAUUGGGAAUUCGCCAUUGAGAAAAUCACCCCUGCCACGAAAUUGCGCCGCAAGAUGGAGCCAUGGAAACCCCAGUUGUUCGAAGUCGACUAUUUCAAAACUGUGCCGCCGCAAUGGCUCCAGUGGCUUCGUCGGACCCGUGACCACGUGCCUACUCUCGCAGAGUUGAUUGAGGACGAACGGAGACGCGAACGGAUGAAGGUGUUGAGUCUCGUUGCUGAUGAUAAGUGGAGGCUGGAGAAGGCAAGGUUGGAAGUUGAGGAGAGGGAGAAGUUGCAGCGGGAGUUGGAUCGGGUUCUGGGCGAGGCGCAAGGUGUGGAUACGGGGAAAUUGCCAAAGGUGGAAAGUGAUGAUCCUUGGAGACUAGCUGAUGAAUCUAGAGAUCAAGACCCAAUCCAAUCCACCACAAUUAAACCAAGGUGA